AGGACCGAGCCCCUUGUGUGAGCCGCUGCCCGAGCCCUGGGGUGGGGGUGCCGGGCAGCUCAUGAAGAAAAUGGCCCAAACUACUGCACCAGCAACAUCCAUUCGUGAUAAGGAUUUCUCUGAAAGCAGAAUGGUGAUUACAUUCCUCAUGUCAGCACUUGAGUCAAUGUGUAAAGAACUUGCCAAGUCCAAAGCAGAAGUUGCCUGUAUUGCUGUGUAUGAAACAGAUGUGUUUGUAGUUGGAACUGAGAGAGGAAGAAGCUUUGUCAAUUCUAGGAAGGAUUUUCAGAAGGAUUUUGUUAAAUACUGUGUUACAGAAGAGGAGAGAGCUGCAGAAUUGCAGGAAACAAAGACUAUACCACCUAUAAAUAGACUGCCAGUGGAUACUGUGGAACUCGAAGCUCUCAGGAAGUCUGUGGAGGACUUUUUCUGCCUUUGCUAUGGUAAAGCUUUAGGAAAGUCAACGGUGGUACCUGUGCCAUAUGAGAAGAUUCAGAGGGACCAGUCUGCUGUGGUAGUGCAGGGCCUGCCUGAAGGACUUGCAUUUAAACAUCCAGCAAAUUACAGUGUUUCAACCCUCAAAUGGAUUUUGGAAAACAAGUCAGGGAUCUCAUUUGUCAUUAAAAGGCCUUUCCUAGAGCCAGAGAAACACCUAGGAGCUGCUAUGACAGAUCCAUCACAAUCAAUUAUACCUCCAGGUGGAAGUUGUACUCCUGUUAAAGUGAAGACAGAACCGAACGAGGACUCAGGAAUUUCUCUGGAAGUGUCAACAGUAACAGUGAAGGAGGAACCAGAUGAUCCUGAUUACUAUCAAUAUAAUAUUCCAGGCCCUUCCGAAACAUCAGAGGUGGAUGAAAAAAAUGUUCUUGCAAAAACUUAUACAGGAAGCCACCAGGGUUCCGAUUGCAGAGAAGGAGCAGAUGAGGAAAUACCAGUAGAAGAUUCCUCCCAGCAAACCCCUUCAGAAACGAGUGAGAAUCCUGAGGUCGAGGUCACCAUUGAAGAUGAUGAUGACUACUUGCCCCCUAACAAGAGACCAAAGAACACUGAGUCACCUAAUGAAGCUGCCAGUACUGGGAGAAGAAAAGUGAAAGAGUUCAAUUUUGAGAAAUGGAAUGCGCGAAUUACAGAGUUGAGAAAGCAAGUUGAAGAGCUGUUUGAGAAAAAAUACGCACAAGCUAUAAAAGCAAAAGGUCCUGUGUCUGUCCCAUACCCACUCUUCCAGGCACAUGUGGAAGACUUAUACGUGGAAGGGCUGCCAGAAGGAAUUCCCUUCAGGCGGCCAUCCACCUACGGCAUUCCCCGUCUUGAGAGGAUACUUCUAGCAAAGGAGCGGAUCCGGUUUGUGAUUAAAAAGCAUGAGCUUUUGAAUUCAACACAAGAUGUAUCAUUGCACAGACGUGUUGCAGGAAAUACGUUGAAAGAGGAGUGGCUUGCCAAAAUGACCAAACUGAGAAAGACGGUAGAUCAACUCUUCUGUAAAAAGUUUGCCGAGGCCUUGGGGAGCACUGAGCCUAAAGCUGUUCCAUACCAGAAAUUUGAGGCCCAUCCUAAUGACCUCUAUGUCCAAGGGCUGCCAGAUAACAUCCCCUUUAGGAGUCCUUCCUGGUAUGGAAUCCCUCGCCUAGAAAAAAUCAUUCAAGCGGGCAACAGAAUAAAGUUUGUGAUCAAGAGGCCAGAGCUUCUAAGUGUCUUUUCAACUGAAGUUAUCCAAACCAAGUCAAACACCCCAGUGAAAGAAGAUUGGAACAUCAGGAUCGCAAAACUAAGAGCGCAAGUAGAAGAGAUAUUUAAUACGAAGUUUGGCCAAGCUCUGGGGCUUUCAGAGGCAGUGAAAGUUCCCUAUCCUGUAUUUGAAUCAAACUCUGAGUACUUGUACGUUGAAGGCUUGCCAGAAGGAAUCCCCUUCCGGAGUCCCACGUGGUUUGGAAUUCCACGCCUUCAAAGAAUUGUCCGUGGGAGUGGCAAAAUCAAAUUUGUUGUUAAAAAGCCUGAGCUUGUCACCUCCUAUUUGCCUCCAGGACUGGCUAGUAAAAUAAACACUGAAGCAAUGAGUCCAAAUUGUUCAAAAGGAUCACAGAGUCCUGCGGGUAACUCAACUGUUCCAGAGAUUGAAGUUACUGUUAAUGAAGGUCCUAAUAAACCACAAACAACAGAUGCUGGCACCAAUUCUCAGACCAAUGGGUCCAAUAUGACUUACAAGCCACGAAGGAAAGAGUUUUCUUUUGAGGCGUGGAAUGCCAAAAUUACUGACUUAAAGCAGAAAGUCGAAAAUCUUUUUAAUGAAAAAUGUGGUGAAGCUUUGGGGCUGACUGAACCGGUGCAGGUGCCAUUUGCGUUGUUUGAAUCGUCCCCGGAGGUUUUCUGUGUGGAAGGACUACCCGAGGGGGUGCCAUUCCGCCGACCUUCUACUUUUGGAAUUCCAAGACUAGAGAAGAUCCUGAGAAACAAAUCUAAGAUAAAAUUCAUUAUUAAAAAGCCUGAGAUGCUUGAGGCAGCUGUUAAGGAAAUUUCUGCUAGAAGCCCCCAAAGUAAAAAUAAUUCAUCAAAUAAACCCGAUACAGCAAGCACCCCAACAAACACAGUGGCGAACACAGCAGUGAGCACAGCUGCAGGUGUUGAAGAUCUUAACAUCAUUCAAGUAACUAUACCAGAUGAUGAAAAUGAGCGACUGUCAAAAGUGGAAAGGGCCAGACAAUUGAGAGAGCAAGUCGGUGAUCUUUUUAGCCGGAAGUUUGGUGAAGCCAUUGGUAUGAAUUUUCCUGUGAAAGUCCCAUACAGAAAAAUCACCACCAACCCUGGCUGUGUGGUGGUGAAUGGGCUGCCUCCUGGUGUGGCAUUUAGAGCUCCCAGUUACCUGGAAAUCAGCUCCAUGAGGAAGAUUUUGGAAUCCGCAGAGUUUAUCAAAUUUACUGUCGUUCGACCAUUUCCAGGACUUGUGAUUAACAAUCAGCUGAUGGAAAAAGCUGAAGCAGAAGCACCACCAGCAGCACCACCAGCACCACCAGCAGCACCAGUACUACCAGAGCCAGCUGACCCAAGCCAAAUGGAAGUGUCUGUAAGAGAAAUUACAGAAACAGAAGAAAAUCCUCAAAUAAAGCAAGAGCCAGACCCAACGUGGUAGACCUCAUCAGGGCUGGAGACCACUCAAGCACAUAUUUAAUCUCACAUUUGUUGAGAGCCAUAUUCAGCUUCUGCAUGCUUCCUGAAUCCAGGCCUAAAGAACUCCAAAGACAAUGCCAGCUACUUAUAUCUGUAAUAAGAUCCAGAGCUGCAUUAAACUAACUGACUUUUGUAAUUUGUCUUAUCUAAUCAGAAGAUCCAGUUCUGAGAAGAGCCUGCUGGGAAUGUCUGGAGCUGUGUAAUGGAGCUGUGUAAUAUAACUGUAUAAGAGAAGUACCUUCUAUACAAACCCUUUUUAUAUUUUUAGAUAGAAAUGUCUACUUUUUCAGCAGAUCUGUGAAUUGACUUAAAUGAAAGAAUGACUGUAGAUUUGGAAUGGCUAGGUUUAAUUUGGAAUAUAUUAUAAGGACUAAAUUUGAUGCAGCAAUGCUGGGGAGAGGACAAGGAUUAAAAUCAACAGGGACUUAACAGCGACUGUCUGUGUUUCCCAGUAAAGCUGAAUUUCACCUCACCUAAUGCAUCAUAGCUUUUGUAAUGCAGAAAAAUUCCUGCAAGUAGUUCAGUUUGUUAGUUUUACUUAAAAAAAAAAAAAAAACACAAACAUUACUUUUUGGUUCUGACUGCUUUAAUGGCUGAUUGAACAAUACUAUCUGUAUAUUUGAACAGAUUUUUCCUAGGAUACCUGUUGCAAUUCAUAUGAUUUUCAUAAAUAAAAGAUCAACUGGUUCACUUGACCUUUAGCACGCAGUAAUGAGAUGGACGGUGAAAUGGUCACUAUUUCAGUGUGUGGAUUAGGAACCCAUUUAACUUAAACCGUGUUAGAGAUUGUUCCAUUAACUCGAAGUAGUAAAUGCAUGUUUUCUCAGGAUAUCACAUGGUUUCUAUGACGGGUCUGAUCUCACAGCCCUAAUGUAGGCAAAGCCCAUGUGGACCCGUGUGAGAGCGUUUCUCAUGAAGGCUCUGCAGAUGCCCUUCUGAUCUCUAGAAGUAGUUAUAGAAACGUGUGCGCCAAGCUUCUGUAAGUCCCACUCUGCCAAAAGUUAAGAGCCUUGUAGUCCCAGUGACUCCCAUAUGGUGUAAGAGACUCAUGUACACAUUUAAGUUUCACAAACUGUAAGAGAUGUCAAGUUCUGCUUGUAUGAUAAUCUCCAUAGCAGAAGAUGCAGAUUAUUGUAAAGGUUUCUUGUUCUGGUUUGGUUGUGGUUUUUUAUUGGCAUGAGUUUGGGAUGACUGCAUUAUGCACAAAUGGUAAAUCUUAUGCCCUGACUAAGAAAUAAAGACCUUUCUGAUGGUUUU